UCAUGUUGUACAGCUUGGCCAGAUGUUAUAAGAAUUGUUUGAUUUCAGGUUGAAAAAUGAAAUAUAAAAAAACAUGAAGAAGUCCAAGGAAAUGCAAAGUGAGAAGGUUCCAAGGUUGUUUCCACCACGGACAUCUGAAGCAGAAAAAGUCAAGAGGAUGAAUUCUCCUCCGUCUAGACAAAGGUAUAUUGUAAGCUAGAUUUCAUGAGUGAAUAACUUUUAUAUAUAAUUCUAAUGCUUAGUUUUGUUCUAUUCUAUCUUGUAUUCUUGUGUAAACUAAAACAAUAGUAACUAGGCACGUGAGUUCUCUAAACUUGUGAAUUGGGUAACAAUGAUGUAAACAACGUUAGCCAAAUAUGCUUCUGGCUACUUUGAUCACUGCGCGCGAUAAUUUAUUUGUAAUCAUUGUGACUUUUUUUUGUGUAGUAACUGUGUAUCUGUCGUAUUAAUAUGUAUGUAUGUAUAAUUGUGCAAAUUUUGAAUAAAGUCUAAGUCUAAAGUCUAUGUCUAAUGGUUGAUGAAUGAGAUCAUUUUUUUCUAACAUAAUUUUUUAUCUAUUUUUCAGAGGCUCAGUCCAAUUGGAAGAAGAGCUCUCUCUACUACAGUUGAAGAAACUAAUGCGAUUGUUCAAACAGCACAAACCUGAACAAAAAUACAAAACGUUCAGCUACCUUCCCUCACGUGAUGUAGGAAAACGUGGACUCAUGAACCUGGACGAGUUUAACAAAGCUUUAAAUAAAGCUUUUCACGACAGAGUCCUGGCUGACGAGAUGGAGGAAUUAUUUCGUAAGGUUGAUAUAUCGUCUGAUGGUUUAGUCGACUGGGAGGAAUUGAGUUCCUAUAUUUUAUUGAGAUUGCAGGAGAGGGAACUGCUGAGGUCCUCGAGUUCUGGCAAAGUGUUUCAGAAUCCUCCUAAGAUUAUCAAAAUAGAGAAAUGCAAGGUAAUGAUACUGCGAUCAUCCUCGCCAGAGGCAUUUCCGCUGCAUCAGGAAGGCUGCUUUUCAUCAACGUUCAAGUGGAAAGUGAAAAGUUCUAGUUGGUGUGUAGUAGCUAUCUGCUCAAAGACGUGCUUCCUGGGAUUAAUUUGAACCAAUAGGAACCUGCAUGUUUUAUAUAUGAUUUAAAGAUAAAGAUUGCACUGACUUUCCCCAGAGUUCCGUAUGUCAUUCUAAUCAAUUCCAUCCCCAAAUAACUGAAUAUUUCUUUUUUUAGGAACCAACAUCACGUAUUCUUCUUGUUUCAAAUCCGACGCGAUAUAUUACUGUGAGCAAGGUAGGACAUUCCCCAUUUCAUUAAUUUAUUUCUGUUUCCUUCGGCUACAUUUCCUCCUGUAGCAACACUGGAUCAAUAAGAGACUAUCCUUACUGGACCUAUAGGAAGAACAGUUUAGAACUGAUAGAGCUAUCCAGUAUGAAUAAAGUUAGUUUAGUUUAGGUUUCCUCCUGUAGUAACACUGGAUCAAUAAGAGAUGAUUCUUACUGGACCUCUAGGGAGAACAGUUUAGAACUGCUAGAGCUAUCCAGUAUGAAUAAAGUUAGUUUAGUUUAGGUUUCCUCCUGUGGUAACACUGGACCAAUAAGAGACUAUCCUUACUGGACCUCUAGGAAGAACAGUUUAGAACUGAUAGAGCUAUCCAGUAUAAAUAGAAUUAGUUUAGUUUAGGUUUCCUCCUGUAGUAACACUGGAUCAAUAAGAGAUGAUUCUUACUAGACUUCUAGGAAGAACAGUUUACAACUGAUAGAACUAUCCAGUAUAAUUAAAGUUAGUUUAGGUUUCCUCCUGUAGUAGCACUGCGUCAAAUUAGGGAUGACCCUUAUUAGAUCUCCAGAGGGAACAAUUUAGAACUGAGAGAGGGAUUUGUUUGAAUUCCAGGAUGGGAUUAUCAGAAUAUGGAACACAGAUCUUGUUCAACAACGAUUGCUGCCUAUGGACGAUAGUGAGCAGUCGUUCAGCCAAUCCCCAUCCAGCAAACGUAAGAUAUGGGUGACCGAUGCAGCAGUGAUGAAGAAUGUUAAUAAACUGGCUAUCUGUACAACCAAUAUGGAUAUUUAUUUUUAUGAUAUGUCUACCCCUGUCUAUACUCCUCAGUUCCAUUUAUGUGGUAAGUUUGUUUCUUAGACAAGGGUGUUGGUGGCGGUAGUACAUGUGCGUUUCACCCCGAGUUCGAUUAUACAGUUCUCUGAUUAUAAUUUUACGUCAUGCGGGAAGAUUGUUUUUAGUUUGACUCUACAAAACACCACAGAUUUUCGCCAAGCUGUCCAGUGUCCUUCUACAUACAAAUACUGGAGCAAUAGUCCCUUGCGCCCCAAGGAGAACAGUUUAAUUAAUGUCUUUAUUGUUCUUAUCUAAAGCCUUGGGUGUUGUUGCUUUUUGCAUGGAAUACUACUAUGACAAAAAGGUGAGAAUCCUUGAUAUCUCGUAUUUUAUUAAACAAGAUUAUCAGAAUGUCUUCAUUUGCCAUGUCUUGUAUAGAAACCAGCAAGUCGAUCGUUGUUGUUUUACGGAGACGAUAAAGGUCAAGUACAUCUGUUGAUGUUUCACAAACCAUUGGAAGGAUUGUUUGAAACUCCGUUCAAUAAACAUGGAGGAUAUUAUACUGUCUUCUUGCAGGUAAUGAGAAAUUAUAUUCCAUUGCUGCUCACUACAAGUUAAGGCGCAGUGGGUUAGGUUUAACUCGAGAUCUUGAAUUAUGUAUCUUGUUUCAAUCACUCAUAUCUUGAGUUUACAAAGAUGCUAGUUUUCGUAGUGUGUUUUAUAUGUCAUGGAAUUGUCUGCUGGUGGAGGAUUUUGACAGUUGGUCAGUUCACUUCUGCAGCCACAGUUCGAUAACUUCAAUUUCUGCAAUAUAAUUUUGUUCGCCUCAGUCGCAUGUGAGAAGAAUGCUUAAUCCAGCUUCACUGGUGUCCUCUUGUAGUAAUACUGGAUUAUACUGGAUCAGUCUUUUUGUACGUCCAAGCAAGGACAGAUUAGAACUGACCAAGCUAGCCAGUGUAAAUGAAGUUAGUAUAAUUCAAGUUUACUCAUUUCCAUCCAGGAAGCAAUAUCAUCCCAGUCUCAUCUUGUCACUCAUGUACUGGUAGACGAACUUCAUUCGGAUUGGUUAAGAAGAUUACGUUAUUACCAUAGCAACGAUAUGCUGAUGUCAUGCAGUGGUAAUGGUCGAGACUCGUUAAUAAUGAGAGGAGUCAUGAAGAACGCUCAUGAUAAGGUCUACAUUUACAAAGUUUCAAAGGUAAACAUGAGCUUCAGAUCCCUUCGGCCCACAUUCAAGAACAUGUACUACCUCUGUAUGAUCUAACCAUGCUCAGCAGUGAGUUCUGUACAACAUCAGGUCACUUUAAGGUAGCCCACAUUCAAGAACAUGUACUACCUCUGUAUGGUCUAACUGUGUGUUUCUCUCCUCAGGGCAUAGAUUGUUUUGACUAUUCAAAAGAUCUCAAUGUCAUAGCGACAGGCGGUCUGGAUCACGUGGUACGACUGUGGAACCCUUACGUCACGGCGAAACCUGUAGCUAUCCUCAGAGGUCAUAUAUCACGUGUUCUUGAUGUGAUUAUUGAAGAACAGAAGGGAACUGUAUUCAGCUAUGAUUGUGACACGGUGAGCAACAAACACACUCGGUUGAAUGAGAAUAAGUUUCCUUGGAUCUUUGCAUGACACCAUGACAACAGUGCCAUCCAGUCACCAUUCAGUGAUCAAAAUUUUCAAUUGUCUUUUCAUUGUAUUAAAAAUCCAACUGUUCUCCAUGUCAUCCACUCACUUUUGAUGUCUGUUAGCAUUUAUGCAAAGGUCCUAUUUAGUAAUCAUACACAUGCAUACAUUAAAAACAAACAACUUAAUUCUAUUUUAACAUUCCCAGGUUAUCAAAGCAUGGGACAUAAGGGAACAUUAUUGUAUCCAAUCAAUACACCUAAAGUACCCAUAUGAUCCCAACCAUCUUGACCACGGUCCUUUUCCUAUGACUCUGCUACCCUCUCCUGCGCAUGCUCUGUUGAUUGCAUGUGAGGACUAUUUGACUGAAUUGAAGCUCCACAGUAAACCAACCAGCAAGAUGGACAGAACAAGUCACGACAGAUCACUGCUAGCUGUCAUUUAUAACCAGAAGAAGAAACAGGUGAUCACAGGCUGCGAAGGAUCGUUGGUGCGCACUUGGAGUGUGGAGACUGGGAACAAGGUCUUUGAAUUCCUAGGUGUUGAUGGGAAAGAUGAGAUGUCAUGCAUGGCUCUAGAGGUCAGCGGACGUCGUCUGUUUACAGGAUCCAGAACUGGAAUGGUUUAUGUAAGAAUGAUGUUUAAGAUACUAAUUGUAGACGUAACCAGCUAUCUGUAGAAGGGUUUUGUUACUUUUGUACAUGGGAAUUUCGAGUGUGAAUGUUAUACAUUUAUUCAUAGUCUUUCGAGAGAUGGUCUGGAAACUCAGUAAACUUCAAAGCGGUUAUAAUGAGCUGGGAUUUUAUGUUGAGCUGUACCUUACACCGUGCACAUCCUUUGUUUUAGGUUUAUUAAUAUUUAAAUAGUGAUGGUUGAAUGACUGAACUGAAACGUUGCUAUUGGAUGAUUCGUUCAUUAUACUGAAAAGUCUGAAAUGCAAUGUGUUCAUUGACCGUGCACCGUGCACAAAACUGCAUAAACGCGAACAAAAAAGAUAGAACAAAGACUUUAGCCGAGUUUCCAAACCAUGUUUUGAAUUUAUUAGACCUAACUAGGCGCAUUAUGUAUAUUAUCAACUAUCGUAUGUUUAUGCCCGUACUUACCCAAUUCACAUUUUCCUACAACUGGCACGCCUGGCUACAACUGACACGCCUGGCUACAACUGACACGCCUGGCUACAACUGAUACGCCUGGCUACAACUGAUACGCCUGGCUACAACUGAUACGCCUGGCUACAACUGACACGCCUGGCUACAACUGACACGCCUGGCUACAACUGGUACGCCUGGCUACAACUGACACGCCUGGCUACAGCUGACACGCCUGGCUACAGCUGAUACGCCUGGCUACAACUGAUACGCCUGGCUAAUACUGCUCUAAUAAAGUAAAACUAACCAUUGUGUGUUCUAACCAUGCUGUAGAUCUGGACCUCAGGAAAUGGUCAACUGCUGCAUAAAUGUUUGCCCGAACCAGGCUGUGCAUAUGAGGUGACCGCCAUUCAGCCUUUGCCUGAGAAAUCUUACACAUUGAGUGUCGGGUGGAGUAGAAGAAUCCUUAUGUAUCAUGAUCAUGCUGAGGUGAGGUGUGGUGGUGCAGAUGGUCAUUGUUCCUCGUGACACUUGUAGCAACAAAACAAUGACAUGACAUCUUUCAGAAUUCCGGAUUUAGUAUCUUUAUUUUCCAUUUGUAGAUGUUGACCGUUGAAGCAGAUCCGAGCUGGAAAGGUGGUCAUGUUCACGAGGUAGGUCAAUCAGUGUCAGACUUAAACAUGCUUGGCUAAUCAGAUCAUAACUUGAUUCUAAAUAAAAAAAUUUCCAUUUGUUCAGGACGAUAUAUUAUGCAUCGCUCAUUGUCAUCCCAACCUCAUUGCCACGGGGAGUUUUGACGGAGAUCUUAUUCUAUGGGGCUUGGAAAGACAAAGUAUAUUUAAAAGGCUGAAACGAGGAUCUGGUAGUCUUUUGUAAGUCUUAGAUAACAGGGACCGCGAGGUCUGUUUAAAAGUGGGAGGGGAGGGGGGGCAGGAUAGCACGGGAGCUAUUCCACGCAGGUAGGCUGGAUUUUAUCCGGUAAUUUUUUAUUAUUCACCGGAAAAGUGGGGUGGGGCAUGGCCCCCGGCCCCCCUGUUCCGCGUUAUUAAAUACUUAGUAGAAUAUUUUUGAAGAGAGGUGUCUUGGUUGUCACAGUCGUUAGUGCAUGUGUCUGUCAUCACUGUGCCCAACAGAGACGUGUCUGGUUCUAAUUUUAUUUUAAUCACAUGUGAGAAGAGUGCUUCCAGUUUAAACACUGCAGGGUUUUCCAGGUAAUCCGGUUUCGGGUACUUCCUCGGGUAGAAGAAUUUGCAUCACAGAUUACGUCAUCAGUUAGUUAUAGUGAUUAGUGUUGGGGUUAGGGUAAGGGUUAGGGUUAGGGUUAGGGUAAGGGUUAGAUUAAGGAUUAGGCUUAGAGAUAGGGAUUGGGUUAUAUCUGACGCCACAAACAACACAACUAGCCGAUCACGUGAUCAGUUCUCCUCUACCCGAGGAACUAUCCCUGGUUUCCUCGUCUUGUUAUACUGUAUGAAUAAAAGAUGACCCUUACUGGGGGAAAACAGUUUGGAAUUGAUAGAGCUAUUCACUGUAAAUAGGCGUAGUCUAGUUCAGUUUGAGUGAACGUUCUUCUUAAUUUUAGUAAAUCAAAGCUGAAGAAAGUUGGCCUGGCCGCUGGUAACAAGAAGAGGUAUACAUAUUGUAUAAUGUGAGAUUCUUCGUGCAAGCAAUCGGAAACAACAGAAGGAACCUUGUAAGUUGUAAGACAUUAAUUUUUAACGUUUUCAAGGUUGAAGUCAGACAGCAAACAAGGAACUCCAAUCGAUGCCGCAUUGUUCUUUGAAAGACGUGCUAACAUGAAGUAUCAAGAUAGUGCUAUCCUAGUCUCGUCACAAUGUGGUAUUCUUGAGUUCUGGAGUAUGUUUGGACCUCUACGACCCCGGGGUACGUCAUAUAAUAUUUUUUAAAUACCCCAACCCCUUUUAGUAAAAUCCUCAAUUCGACCUUUGAAAUUGCAAAUUGUUCAAUUCUGAAAUUGGUGCUAUUUGUCUAACUUUUCAUUAAUUUUGUAGACAGUUUUUAUGCAGCGUCCGAUCCAGGCUGCACAGUGCUUGCAUUGGCUACGGACCGAGACAACGAUAUAUUGAUCAGCGGUGAUAUAUCAGGUUACAUCACAGUUUGGGAUAUCAGAGAAUAUUGCAACUCAAGUGUUGAGAUGACGGUUACUAAGGUACAUUGGAUGCGUUUUACUGAGCACUCUUGUGCAGCUGACAUUUCCAGGUUUUCCUGUUAUAAGUCUGGUUGACACUAUCAAAGUUUCUGUGAUCACAGUAGAAUUUUGCGUUGGUAAAUGCUACUGUACGUUUUGAAGGAUUUAUAAGAAAUGUUUGAGGAAACUGACUCGGUAUUCAACACUAAGUCAGUUUCUUCAAACAUUUCUUACAAAUCCUUUAAAACGUAGAAUUUACCAAUGCAAAAUUCCUACUGUGAUCACAAACCUGUGUAAACCAGGCUAUAAACAAGCAUUAGAUAAUUGCGUUUUAUUAUAUGACUUUUCAAAAUUCUCUAUCUGAUUGGUUGACAAGCGGUCCGUAAAAACCCAUAUCCGGACCGUGGUCCGUAUUUUCCGUAUCUGGACCGGUGUCCCGGAUGUCGUUUAUCUGGCGGGAAAUUUUUGCUUUGCAAACAGAAAAAAUUUUGUUUUUUAAAUUUCCAAUUGUGCUUUACAGAUAAAAAUUUCAAACAACCAAAUUGUUUUUGAUUGAGCAUGCAUGCCUACUGUAUAUUGUUACCCAGUGAAACUGACAAUAGCCGAUUUAAUUCGCGCGAAAAGCGUAUGCUCACAAACUCAGUUCAGCCAUAUAAUAAACCGAUUAUUGACCUCGCUUGUUCUAUCUGUACUGUGAAAUAUCAGACCUCUGUUUUUUGCAUGGACCUCGCUCCUUCGUCGCUCGAUCCAUACUAAAAAACCUCGGUCUGAUAUUUUACAGUACAGACCUCACGCUCGGUCAAUAAGCCGUUAUUAACAACAAUUACGUACGCUGUAUUUAUUUUCUACUUACUCAGGCGUGGAUGUCAACGAAAAGACAAGCAUCCUCAGGAGAAGAGCAUGACAGUGCUCCUCAGCAAUCUCGCUGGCAAGCACACACGAAGAAUGUUGUCAGUUUGCAGGUUGUUGAUAGUUUUCAACAAGGAAAAUAUAUUCUGUCAGCUUCGCCUGACUGCGCGGCGAAACUUUGGAGCAUUGAUGGAGUUCUCGUGGGAAUAUUUGGUCAGGUAGCAGAACUUAUUGAGACCCACUAUGUUAACUUACAAGUAGUAGGUUUCAUCUGACUUGUAGAAAUAUUUUGCUUGUCUUUGCAGGGACAUACUUGGAACCUCAGAGAAUGUUCAACACCUCAACACAGUCAAGAACAGCUGAGAGAAAAAUCAGAAAAUGGACAUCCUGUCAUGGCACCCUUUAACAAGAUAAGGUAUAUAUGUUUCACAUCUUUACACAUGUGUUAUCAUUUCAACAUGUGUUCCAUCACCCGUAAUGCUCACAUUCUUUAGUCAUUUUCAUUCGUGGGUGAAGGUAAUUACAAAAAUACAAAUACCACAUUUCAUUUCAUUACUAAAUUUAAUUUUCCUCCAGACCUCACACCAGUGGCGAUGUCUUCGCAUCAAACUCCCAGUUUAGAACAAAAUCACCUUCAGAGCGGAGACAUGAAGACUCGCUUGGAUUGCGGAGAUCAUUAACGGAAUCGGUUCGUUUAUUGUGUGAUUUUUUUGUGUAUUUUAUUUGCUGGGUUUAUAGGAGCAAGUUAUGAAUUAAACUUAUUAUUGGCCCAACAUGCCACCAUUAUCUAACAUUAUAGUGCAUUAUCUAAUGCUAUACGUCAUCUAUGUUAAUUACGUUACAUUGAUAAUUAUGUUAAUUAUUUCUUCCUGUAGUGCAUUCUGGGAAACAAAUACAACAAAACAUUUGAACGUCGCAUGAUGGAUAGGAAGGCAAGAAGGGAAAACUUGGGGCAUGUAGAUACAGCUCUAACUACCGGGGGAGGAUUAGGGACAUCUUGCUCUCCGUUCCAGGCCCUUCACGUACUCACCUCGGACGAUUUCGAGUUACCACGUGACCUGCCUAUGACUCCCCGGAUGAGAACCGGAAGUAAAUUAUCGCCUGAUGAAAGUUGGCAAAAGAACCUGACGUCAUUAAAUUUGCCGCCAAUUUUGUCAGAAAACGAUAACUGAUCAUUGGUGACUUUCAGUGAACGUUUAUAGGUCUUUAUACAGCGCACCAGAGGGUGGACAUUGGACAACGUCACAAAUGAAGCAGGGAUAAUAAUAAUAAUAAUAAUAAUAAUAAUAAUAAUAAUAAAAUAAUCUAAUAGGACAUGACUAGUGGCCUAGAAACAAAAGCCUGCAAAGGUUUCUAGUAGGUCUCUAGCCCAAAUAGUUAAUUUGUAAUAAUGUAUUAAUAAUUGUAAUGUGAAAAUAAAUGGGAAAAUAAAUUUAAAAAAAAAAA